AUGGAAGUGCCUGUAGCAGAAGCAUUGCCAGGGAAAGGAAAAAAGCGUAAAAGACAGCCGGAGAAAUGGAAGGCGAACAAAGCGAAAACAGGCCAUUCUUUCAUGCCGCCUGAUCGAGCAAAAAAGCUGAAGGUAUAUGUAACAAUAAUUCCUUCUGGCAUAGAAGUGAAUCCACUAAAGUUGCGAGAUGUCAGAAACCUUCUUCAAAAACACUAUGGUGACUCUUGGAAAGAUCUUGCACAUUUAAGAUAUUUCCACGCCGUGUUGAAUACUCUAGACGAAGAUGAGCUUCGGCUAUUAGAAGAAAGAGGAGUUGAAGAAGAAAACGAUACUGUACGAGAAAAAAUGAAUAAUGCAGAAAAUAGUAAAGAAGUACAGGCAGAUUUUCCGGAUAGUAAUUACGAAGAAACACAAGAGAAAAUAAGACCUCUAGAGAAGGUAAAACUUUAUCCAAAAGCACCAAUAGAACCUUCAGCUUAUGGAAAAGGUAAAAAUUAUAGCCGCCCUUGGAUACUUCAAGAUGGUCGUAAAAUCUCCAUGCAAGGCAGUGAAAUGCGCGACUGUUUUAAAAUACCUAAGAAACCAAACUUCGGUGAAGGUAUACGCAAGCGAAUGCUGACAAAUUUUUUUUGGGAGCAAAUGCUGGAUGAAGUAAUUGAGGAAUUAGCUACCUCGCAACCUACAAGUGAAUUUUGCACCGAAUACGAUACGCAUUAUGUGAAAGAUCAGUUUGAACCACGCAGCUUAGAAGUGACUGCUGAUAAAAAUGGUGAAAUAUUAGAAAAAUUUAGAAGAUGUCAAUACUUUACUAAGCCCAUGGAAGAACGUUUGGACGACGGCUGGGUUUUGUAA